AUGACUACUACUCAAAAUCAAGAAUGUGAUCAAGUAACAUUAUUAACUGGUCCUGGUGAUAUUUAUUCAGGUGUUACUGUUGAUAAAACUCUUUUAGCUAAAACACCAGCUCUAUUUGAACGUCAAUUAGAACAAUCAUUAGUAGCAUGGCGUCAAGCAAAACGAAGAGGAAUAUGGCUUUCAAUACCACAUGAUCGAACAGAACUCAUUCCAAUUGCACAAAAACUUGGUUUUGUUCUUCAUCAUGCUAAACCUGAUUAUGUUAUGUUAUCACAUUGGCUUGAUGAAGAAGAACCAAAUCAAUUACCUUCAUAUGCUAUGUCGACAAUUGGUGUUGGUGGUCUUGUUGUAAAUAAAAAACGUCAAGUAUUACUUAUACAAGAACGAUUUGCUUAUGUUGAUGAUUAUUUCAAAUUACCUGGUGGAUGUCUUGAUAUAGGUGAAUCAAUAGAAAAGGGUGUUGAACGUGAAGUAUUUGAAGAAACAGGUAUUCAUGCUCAUUUUCGCGGUAUACUUGGAUUUACAUAUAAAGAAGAAUUUCGUUUUGGACAUGGUGAUGUUUAUUUUGGUUGUUUAAUGUCACUUGAUGAAAAUGAAGAAGAACAAAAAAUAAAUUAUGAUCCACAUGAAAUAGCUGCUUGUAAAUGGAUGUCACUUGAUGAAUGGGCUAAUUCACCAGAGAAACAUCCUGUAGCUAUAACAUUACAUCUUGCACGUUUAGCUAUUGAUGUAUUGGAUGGUCGUCAACAAUUACUUGAACCUGAUCGAAUAGAAGUUAAAUCAAGAAAUCCAAAUAGACCAUCAUGGGAUAUAAUGAUGUAUCGAACAAAAUCUAAUGAUAAAAAUUAA